AUGGCAUUCUGCCACGAGUGCGGCAUCGAGAUUCGCCCACUCAUGACCCCUGAUCCCACCUGCCCACGCUGCAAUGGCCAAUUCGUCGAGAUCAUCGACGAGAGCUCAGCUUCUACCUUUCUCCACGAAGAUGACGACGAUGAAGCUAGUCCCUUCAACAAUCCAUUUGCACCUCUCCCUGCCCACGCAUUUCCUGGUCCACAGGGCGGAGGUGGACUUCUCAACCAGCUGUUCACCGCCAUGGCUGCUGGCUCACAGCGCAAUUCACAAGGUCCUGCAUCGCCCAACUCAAACAGGAGGACAUAUACGACAGGUGGUGAAAGCACCGACCGCAGUCAGGAUGCUUCAUCAACCACUCGAUCUGGCACAACAUCAUUCGGACCCUUUGGUCUGCAGUGGAAUGUUCAAUAUGGGACGGGUGGUGGUGACCCUUACCAAACGACUGCGCAGCAUCAAGCGGAUCAGAAUCAGCGACAACAAUCGCACGACGAUCUUCACUCACCCCCGACACUGUCCAACUUUCUGCGCUUCGCAUUUGGCGGGGCGGAUUCCACCGAUGAUUCAGCCACAAGGCCCGACGCAUAUUUCCACGACGAUGGCAUGGGUGGUGCUGGCGGUGUCGCCGACGGGCGUCACUUCAAUCACGACAAUCGCGGCACGUACCAUCAGCCUCCACAGUCGCCGAACAACGAUCCAAGCGGUCGCAACACAGCAACAGGAGCCGGCCGUCCAAACAACGACUUGCCUCCGGAGCUGUCGGCGCUGCGGAAUCUGUUCACAGGGCUGUUUGGCGAGCCAGGAGCGCAAGGCGGAUCUCUGCUCGACAUCUUGGCGGCGGGUGCACAGGGCGGGGCAGGAGGUGCUCGCGGUCAGUGGGGCGACUACGUCCUAGGUCAGCAGGGUCUGGACGACAUUAUCAGCCAGCUCAUGGAGCAGACGCAGGGAUCCAACGCUCCUCCGCCUGCAGCCGAAGACGUCAUCGACAAGCUCGAGAGAUUUACAUUACAAGACAAGGCGAGGAUUCAAAAGGCGCGGAAUCAGGACUGCCCAACGUGCAAGGAUGAAUUUCUCCCUUCAGCGGAAGCGACGGCGGGAAGCGGGGACGACGCAGAGAAAGCCGCCGAGGAGGAGGAAGGCGAGGACGACCAGCAGCACGAUCUCAUCUCGAUGCCGUGCGGGCACAUCUUCCACGUUGACUGUCUUGUGCCGUGGUUGAGGCUGAACGGGACCUGCCCUGUUUGUAGGAUCAGCAUCGCCAAACCCAGGGAAGCUCAGGACGAGUCAUCGAGCAGCAACGGCAAUGCGGCACAGCAGCCGAACGCGGACGGCGGCAGCACUGCGGUGACGGGAUCUGAAGCGGUCCCCGGAGGAUGGCCAACACCGCCCGAUCCUUUCACCGCGAUGUUCAAUCGCAGCUCAGGCCAAGGCGUCCAGGUUCCGCACGACUCUGCAGCCGCUUCGACGACGACGUUCCACCCGCAACCGCCGGCUAGCACGACGAUCACAUCGACGGUGUACACUUCGCCUGCUGCAGCCGCGGCACACACGGCAGGGGCGAAUGGGCAGGUGAUCAACAGCAUCGUCUCGAGUCCGCCGAUCGUGAGCGACCGAGAAGAGUAUUUCGCCGAGCCUGCGUCGAGGGAGCAGGAGCAAGAGCAUUCGGGACGUCGGGAGGAUAUGCGCGAGACACUCAGACGGGCUGCCGAGGCGAGGGCGAGGGGUGGAGGUGGAGAAGGCGAUGGUGGUGGUGCGCAGAGGCAGAGGCGGGAUUGGUUGGAGCCGGAUGAGUUGGAUUGA